AGGCGUGUUGUUUUGCACGCUGACAUGUCUCUGAAAACACUGGGGACAGCGUUAACUCGAACAUUAUGGACUGCAGGAAACACCACUCCUCCUCUUGCGAGAUCCCCUAAAGUCAAGAGACUUUCGACCACAUGUCCAGUGUCUUCAGGAAGAAAGCAUGACUGCGGAAAAACAAAAGAACAAAGUUGCAGCUCUGGUUCAACCAGGCCGAGCACCGGCGACGUGCCCUCGUCCAGAGAGCCUCCUCACAGAGCUGCAGCCGGGGGAGAGAAGAGACCCGAGGAGCCCGUGGGUGCUCCCGGUGUUACUGGUGUGAGGAGACGGUCCUUCACCUCCUAUGCAGCUCCGAUGGACCAGAAGUCUCACCUGUGGGCUCGGUACAAUGACACGAAACGGAUGGUUUACGAUUUGAUCCCACCAGGUGCGUGUAAGACCCUCAGUUCCUCCGUCAUCUACGCUAACAACGAGGUCAGCCUGGGCGAAGUGGACAUUUACGGCUUUGACUAUGACUACACGCUGGCUCUGUACUCAAACGCACUCAACACGAUGAUCUUCAAUACGGCUAGAAGCUUUCUCAUUGAGCACUUCAAGUACCCUGAAGACAUUCGCAAGUAUGAUUACAUUCCUAACUUUGCUGCUCGAGGCCUUCACUAUGACAUCCAGAAGGGUCUUCUGAUGAAGAUAGAUGCUUUCCACUACAUUGAACCGGGAACAGUUUAUAGGGGACUGAGCCCAGUGCCAGACGAUGAAGUCCUGGAGCUAUACGGGGGCACUUACCAUAUACCCCUGCAGCAGGACAGCGGCUUCUAUGGAAAGGGACCAAAGGUGAAGCAGUUCAUGGAUAUCUUCUCCAUUCCUGAGAUGACUCUCUUGGCUGCUGCUAAUGAUUUUUUCAUCACCAACGACAUCGAUUACGACCCGGUUCACCUCUUUAAAGACGUCUCGGAAGCAAUCGGCAUGGUUCACCUGAAAGGCUACAUGUACAAAUGGGUCAUGCAAGAUCUCAAUACGUUUAUUCUCAGAGGAGAAGAGACGGAUGCUGUUUUGCAGCAGUUAGUCAAUAAUGGAAAGAAGCUAUUCCUGAUUACCAACAGUCCCUUCAGCUUUGUUGAUAAAGGAAUGACGCACAUGGUGGGAACAAACUGGAGAGACUUCUUUGAUGUUGUUAUUGUGCAAGCAGACAAACCUCACUUCUUCACUGACUGCAUUAAACCUUUCAGACGCUUGGAUGGAAAUGGGGACCUUAAGUGGGAAAAGAUUAAGAGUUUGGACAAAGGACAGAUCUACAAACAGGGAAACCUGUUUGACUUUCUCAGACUGACAGGCUGGCGAGGAUCAAAGGUUCUUUACUUUGGAGACCAUCUUUAUAGUGAUUUGGCUGACCUGAUGUUGCGACAUGGCUGGCGUACAGCAGCCAUAGUACCUGAGCUGGACCACGAAACCAAAGUGGUGAGCACACACCGCUACGCUACCAACCUCACCUGGCUGCAGGCCCUAACCGGCCUGAUGGAGCGGUUACAGACACAUCGGGAUCCAGAGUCCAAACUGGUUUUUCAGGAAUGGCAGAAGGAGAGAGAGGAACUCAGGGUGAUGACAAAGAACUUUUUCAACCCCCAGUUCGGCAGCAUCUUCAGAACAUGUCACAACCCCACUUACUUUUCCAGACGUCUGUGUCGCUUCUCAGACAUCUACAUGGCCUCCCUCAGCUGUCUUUUGAACUAUGACCACUCCUACACUUUCUACCCACGCCGCACCCCCCUGCAGCACGAGGCUCCUCUGUGGAUGGACCAGCUUUGCACAGGUUGCAUGAAGACACCCUACCAGGAAGAGAUGUCUCUCAUACGAUGAGAGCUGUGCUCUCCUCAGUGACUGAUUUCAGGAUUUCAGGAAUUAAAUCCUGAAAUUAAUAAAAUGUUAAGCUUGGCGAUCACUUGAGAUAGCCUAGGGAUCUGUUUCAUUUAGCAGGGAUUCUUUUUAGCUUAGAAGGUGCCACAUAGGUCGCUCCACAAAGCAAUCCUGCAACAUACUGUAGUGACCCACUUUCCCACUGGAUUCACUAGAGGGUGCUGUAGAUGUAGCUGUGUAGAAAGCAUACAGUUCAGUUGAACAUGUUAUGGUACAAGAUUGACAGGCAUUCAGUGUUUUGCCUGAAUCAGACUGUUACGUAAAUUAGCAAUAAUGGACUGCUGUCGCACAAUUUUUAGUUGUGUUUAAUAGUGAUAUGGACCCCCUAUGAUCUGUGUCCUUUAAUGAACU